UACCUAUGUUUUAUGUCAGCUGGUUUUUUAUAUAAUAUAAGAUUAACUUUCAAUCUUGACACUUAAUUUGCUCCUCAAAACCAGAGAAAUAGUAUUUUGAUGCUUCUAACUCAAUGAAAAUGGAACAUCAUCUCAAAUCGUGCACUCGAAACAAGAACAAAUUGUUGACAAUCAAAUUCAUCACUAUCUCCUUUUUCACCUUGUUUCUAGUUGUCAUCCUUUUCCAUAUCCAGUAUUCAUCCCCUUUUGAUUUCUCCUUAUCAGCAAGGUCCCAAACUCGACGAGCUUCUCUUUUCCAAGAGAAUUACUCUAAUGUCAUUGAAAUGAUGACUGCAAAACUCAAACAUUCUGUCACUUUCCUCCCACUCCAAGACUCUAGAUUUAGAGAAACAGCUACAACAGGACACACUUGGUUUAUGAGCUCUUUGAAUGAUACACGCGAGGAAAAUGAAGCAGAAUACUUGUAUUUCCCUUCUAAGGCAUCUAAAGGACGGCUUCUUUGCUUUAAGGGACGGGAUAUGAAGGAUGGAACGAAGAAUUCAUAUGCUUUGGCAUGGCGAGAAAGUCUUCCAGACUCUGCUAUUCUAUUGGAAGGACUAACAUUUGUAUCGUAUACAUAUUAUGAUCACACAAAUUUGUGGCAUGGGUUAUGUGCAGUGGCUCCUUUUGUUAGAUGGUCAAUGAAAAAUGAAUGUUUGAGGCCAGAAAGAUGGGUGCUAUUCCAUUGGGGAGAACUGAGAUUAAGAAUGGGAUCAUGGAUUCAACAACUUCUGCAAACGAAUUUCGGUGAAGUUAAGGUGGAAGGAUUUGAUAGAGGAGAUAAUGUACCUUACUGUUUUGAGAAAGCAGUUGUGAUGAGGCAUGAGAUGAGUCAAAUGGGACAGGAGAAUAAGCUGAAGACGUUCAACUUGUUGCGUUGCAAGGCUAGGAGUUACUGUGGCAUUAAUCCUGCAGGCAAAGGUAGAGAGAUUAAUGAAAGAGGAUUUCCAAUUAUAAGACUUACUCUCCUGAUGAGAAGAGGUUCCCGGUCAUUCAAGAAUGCAACUGUUGUGACUGAUAUAUUUUCAAAGGAAUGUGCCCGAGUUGAAGGCUGCAUUCUGCACGUAGUCCAGUCAGACGAUCUAUCUUUCUGCGACCAGGUGAAAGUGCUGACCAACACUGACAUUGUUGCAUCUCCGUGUGGAGCACAGUUAACGAAUAUGCUCUUCAUGGACCGUGAGAGCAGUGUGAUGGAAUUCUACCCAAAAGGAUGGUUAGAGUAUGCUGGCUCAGGCCAAUAUGCUUACCACUGGAUGGCGAAUCAAUCUGGGAUGAAACAUCAGGGUGCAUGGUGGGAUCCAGUAGGCGAGGAGUGUCCAUCCCCCCAAGAUCAGUGGCAGUGUUUUUCUUUUCAUAAAGAUGGCAUGGUUGGACACAACGAGACCUAUUUUGCAGAAUGGGCUAGAAGAGUCAUCGAUCAAGUAAGGCUAAUGAAGCAGGAGCAAGCCUCUGCAUAUCAAGCAAACAAGCAACAACAUGAUUCAAAAGCAUGUGUUUGCUAGCCUUGUUCAUGUAUUAGCACCUUUAGUAGUAGAGUUUAUAAGAGUUACAAUCAAAUGCAUAAACUGUUUUGCCAGACAUCAUUAGCAAAACAGGCUCCUGUUUUAAGAAAUGAAAUAUUGAACAAUCUCCAUUGCACAAUAAUCACUUUAUUCUUAGAUACACACACAGUAAUCAUUGUCAUAUAGCAAGUAUUAUAAUGAAAAAAGGAUAAACUAAUAGAAACCUCAGUGCCCUCU